UUGUAUGUAUCGGAUUCGGAGCUGUUGUUCCGGUAGAAUAUAAUAGAAAUCGGUUUAGAAUAUUUUAAAUACGUUUUUGAACCGAAGAUGUCAACUAAGAGCAGACAACAUAAUAGAUCUGAGGUCAACACAGAGCAGAAAGAAGAAUUAAAUGAAAAGGUGACGUUAAUAUGAAGGACAGUAGCAUCUUGACACUGAGUGCACGAGACCGAGAUGAGAUGUUGGACAACAUGAAGAAGGAGUUCCAGGAUUUGUAAUAGUCUAAAGACCAGGGGAAAAAAAUAAAAAAUAAAGAACAGUAUUAAAUCUGAAAUACAAUAAAAAGUUAACAUCGGGCAAAAAAUGUGUGGCAUUUGUUGUGUUGUCCAAUUGCAGUCUGCAUUGGACAAGGCUGUGCUUGGAAAUCUAAAAAAAAGAGGGCCUAACUGUAGUCGAGACGUUACUAAAGCUGUUGCUGGUUUUAACUACCACUAUUUUUUCUCUGGCCAUGUGCUUCACAUGAGGGGUCUUCUAACACCCCAGCCUUUGGAAGAUGAGAAGGGAAAUGUCUUCUUGUGGAACGGGGAGGUCUUUGGUGGCUUAAAAGGGAGUGAAGAAAAUGAUGCUCAAGUCAUCUUUAAUCAUCUUUCUAAGUGCACCAGCGAGUCUGAGAUUCUGUCUAUCUUCUCAGCUAUCCAAGGACCUUGGGCUUUCAUUUACUUCCAAGCAGACAGUCAUUGUCUCUGGUUCGGUAGAGACUUCUUUGGUCGAAGAAGUCUUCUCUGGCAGUUUGAUGAUGAAGAAAAAUCAAUCAUGCUUAGCUCUGUGGGAGCUUUGGUCGUUGGAACUGAGCAUGGUCAGUGGCAGGAAUUACCAGCCUCUGCAGUUUACAAAAUGGAUUUAAAGGCUUGUUCUCUAUUGGACUCAUUAGUUUUGAUGACAUGUCCAUGGAAAUAUCCAUCCAGUAAAUUACAAAAAAGCGACCUAACUCAUGAAUUGAGAUUGGAACAGUUUUCUAGCUCUCUUUCAUUUGCGAUGAACGAAUCUGGACUUUUUCUUACAGCUCCAGUUGUUCCCCUAAACAUAACAUUCCCAGCCUGCCUGCCUGAAUCCAAACACACCUUAGAUACUCAACCGAGCUUUGAAGAUCUUCAGCCAUUUCUUCAGAGUGACCAAAGGAAAAAAAUAGUCCAUCAGCUCCUAGAUGUUUUAAGCGAGGCAGUGAGACGACGAAUCCAAUACCCACCAAGCAAAACCGUAGCUACUUGUCCCUCAGUUAACAAAGCUAAUGUUGCUAUACUGUUUUCAGGUGGGAUUGACUCUAUGGUUCUGGCUACUUUGGCUGAUCGUCACAUUCCUGUUGAACAACCGAUAGAUCUUUUGAAUGUAGCUUUCCAACUGAAGAAACCAAAAAAGAAAGUAUCGACCAAAAACACAAAAAAAUGCAAGACAGUUUUGAAUGCUCAUCCAUCUCAGGAAGAGGCUAAGCUUGGUUCUACUGAAGCAGGAGAUUUCGAGUGCUUUAAUGUUCCUGACAGAAUUACUGGCAAAGCAGGCCUUCAGGAGCUGCAGGACAUUAAUCCAACAAGAACAUGGAAUUUUGUGGAAAUUAAUGUCACACGAGAUGAACUUCAAGAAAUGAGACAAAAGACAAUAAGCCAUUUGGUGUAUCCCCUAGAAAGAGGUUGUGCUGUUUGGUUUGCUUCAAAGGGAGCAGGUACAGCUCUUCUUAACAAUGAAAUGAAAGAAUACACCUCAACUGCAAAGGUGGUGCUCACAGGGAUUGGUGCAGAUGAGCAGCUGGCCGGGUAUUCCAGGCACCGCAUUCGCUAUAAAAUGUCGGGACUGGAGGGCCUGGUCAACGAGUUGGGAAUGGAACUGCAGUGAAUCUCUUCAAGAAACCUUGGCAGGGAUGAUAGGAUUAUUGGGGAUCAUGGCAAAGAAGCCAGGUUUCCCUUUCUAUAUGAAGAGGUCAUCUCUUUUCUGAGUUCCCUCCCGGUGUGGGAGAAGGCUGACCUGACGCUACCUCGUGGGUUGGGGGAGAAGCUGCUGUUACGCUUAGCAGCCCGGGAGCUGGGGCUCACAGCCUCAGCUGUCCUGCCAAAGAGAGCCAUGCAGUUUGGAUCCAGGAUCGCCAAAAUGGAAAACGCCAAUGAAAAGGCCUCAGAUAAAUGCAACAGACUUCAAAGGGUUUAA